AUGGUUCACGGUCAUGGCUGCGACUCUGCUCCUGGCAAAGGAUCUUCACAGCCCCAAGUGCUCGCCGGAGACCAAGUCCGCUCCACUUCUGACGCUGAGGAACCCCCUUGUAGUGGUUACUCCCACUCGACUCAACAAUACUCUCGUCAUCAACAGCAACCCCACCAUGAUCAAGCUGAAAAGCCUGAGCUCGGCCAGCACCAUGACACGAUCGUCGACGUGCAGCCUCACUUGCUCAGCCGUACUCCGUCGUCGACUACCAGCCGCCGAUCCUCCACCGUUGCCGCAACGGUUGAUCUGCAUCAACCGCAUUCCCUAGAGGCUGACCAGGUGAUCGCCCAUUUUCAAAGUGAUAUCAACAUUGGUCUGUCCGAGGGUCAGGCCACCACCCGCCUCAACGAGUAUGGUCCCAACCAGCUCAAAGAGACCAACAGGGUCAGCGCUACCUCGAUCUUGAUCCGCCAGAUGGCCAACGCCCUCACGCUCGUGCUUCUUGCUGCCAUGGCACUGUCGUUCGGUGUCAAGGACUGGGUCGAGGGUGGUGUCGUCACCGCCGUCAUCGUCACCAAUGUCCUCAUCGGCUUCAUUCAAGAGUACAAAGCCGAGCGCACCAUGGCCUCGCUCCGCACACUCUCUUCGCCCAAUGCCAACGUGCUUCGAUCCUCGAGCAUUCGACAGGUGCCCUCAGCCGAACUCGUUCCUGGUGACAUUAUCCACUUUCGUGCCGGUGAUCUUGUGCCUGCCGAUGUCCGUCUUGUCACCAUCAGCAACCUCGAAAUCGACGAGGCCCCGCUCACUGGUGAAUCGGUACCCGCCAUCAAGACCACUGGCCCACUCUUGCGCCCUCAUCUCGGCCCUGCUGACCGCACCAAUCUGGCUUACGCCGGCACCACCGUCACCAAGGGUAGGGCUGUCGGUAUCGUAGUCGCCACCGCCAUGAACACGCAGAUCGGACAGAUCGCCACCGCCUUAGCCAAGAAGGGCAACAAGGAGGAUGCCCAGCGUCCUUGGUACAAGCGCACCUGGGACGCCGUCGCCACCUUCCUGGGUGUUCGUGAGGGCACUCCUCUCCAGAUCAAACUCAACAAGUUUGCCUAUGUGCUCUUGUUCCUAGCCAUUAUUUGCGCCAUCAUCGUCUUUGGUGUCGCCGAGUUCGAUAUUAACAACGAAGUUAUCCUGUACGCCAUCGCUCUCGGUAUCGGUGUCAUUCCCGAGUCUCUCGUCGCUGUCCUCACCAUCACCUUCAGUGUCGGUGCUAAGCGUAUGGCCGAGAGCAAUGUCGUCGUCCGUCGUCUCGACGCGCUCGAGGCCCUCGGUGGCGUCACUGACAUCUGUAGUGACAAGACUGGCACGCUCACUCAGGGUAAGAUGGUCGUUCGUCAAGGCUGGUCGCUUGCUGACGGCAAGCAGCAGAGCUUCGAUGUCGAGCAGACUGGUGCCACCGCUUUCGAGCCCAAGGGUCGAGUUAUUCUGUCACCAGUCUCUGUCAAUGACGAGCCUCAACCAGUCGAGCACGAUCAGCUCCCCGAUGACAUCCGCUCUCUUGCAACUGCUGCUUCGCUCUGCAACAUUGCCGAGAUCGAGCAGAGAGAGGAUGGCUCUUGGAUAGCUCGUGGUGACCCGACCGAGAUCGCAUUGCAGGUUUUUGCAACUAAGCUGCAGAUGUCGCGCGAUGCGCUCACCCACGGAGAAAGUGCCAAAUACAGCCACGAGCUCGAAUUCCCCUUCGACAGCACUUUGAAGCGAAUGACCAGUGUCUACCGCCGCAACAGCCAGACUGUGUCUGAUCGUAUCUUUUUCAUGAAGGGUGCCGUCGAGCAGGUCUUAGCCUGCUGUCACAACAUGGACGAAAUUGCCCGCAAGUCUGUCAUUGACCAGGUCGAGAAGAUGGCCUCGCAAGGACUUCGCGUGCUUGCGUUUGCCGAACGAAGCAUGGACGAUGUGCAGUUCAAGGACGAAAGCUCUCGUACUCGCUUUGCCUCGCAGUCCGAUGACCUCGACGAGGCUGGCACCAUCAGCACCACAGACAAGAAGCUUUCGGACAGCGCCGACGCUGCUCCGGGUCUCUCGCGUGCCGCUGCUGAGCAAGACUUUGUCUUCAUCGGUCUCCUGGGUAUCUACGAUCCUCCUCGUGCAGAGACUCGUGCUGCUGUCGAGGCUUGCAAGCGCGCCGGCAUUAUCGUGCACAUGCUUACUGGUGAUCACCCUGCCACUGCUCACGCCAUCGCCAAGGAAGUGGCCAUCGUUGACGGCAGUGAAGGCGCUUCGGCUGUCAUGACGGCAACGCAGUUCGACGGCCUGACGGACGGCGAGAUCGACGCGCUUGAAGACUUACCCCUGGUUGUUGCUCGAUGCUCGCCCGCGACCAAGGUGCGAAUGAUUGCGGCUGGUAAGCGACGUGGUCGCUACCUUGCCAUGACGGGUGAUGGUAUCAACGAUGCACCUUCGUUGAAGCAGGCACCUGUCGGAAUUGGCAUGGGUACUGGUACCGACGUCGCCAAGGACAGUUCGGACCUGGUGCUCACCGACGACCGUUUCGACUCGAUCGUCAAGGGUAUCCGCGAAGGCCGAGCCAUUUUUGAUAACAUUCAGCGUUUCCUCAUCGGUCUGCUGGUUGCCAACGUCGCUGAGGUGCUUCUACUCCUAUGCGGUCUCGGUGUGCGCGACGCUGAUGAGGAGUCUGUCUUCCCCUUGGCUCCCGUCGGUAUUCUGUGGGUCAACAUGGUCACCGCUUCGCUGCCUGCCAUCGGCCUCGGUCUUGAGCCUGGCGAGAGCGACAUCAUGGAGCGACCUCCCCAUGACCUGCGCGCAGGUGUGCUCAGCCGCUCGGUCAUUGUCGACACGCUGGUCUACGGUAGCACGAUGGGUAUCACAUGUCUGGUCGCCUUCCUGCUAAUGAUCUACCCUAUCGGCGGUGGUCAGAUCGCCAUCGAUUGCAACCACUCAUCGGCAGCCACGUGUGAGCCCAUUUUCCAAGCACGAUCAGCUGUGUUUACCACCCUGACGUUGCAGCUGCUGUUGAUCUGCUGGGAGCUGAUCAGCAUGGAGAAGUCGUUCUUCAGCAUGUCGCCUGCCAAGCAUCUGUGGAAGAACCCAAUGCUGCUCUGGUCGGUGGUAUUUGGUAUCGCCACCAUCCCGAUCGCGCUCUACGUGCCAAAGUUCAACACUGAUGUCUUCCGUCAUGCACCUAUGGGUGGUGUCGGCUGGGGUAUCUCGAUCGCCAUGACUGUGGCUUUCAUUGCCGUGGUCGAGCUGUGGAAGGCACUGGCACGCCGAGGUCGCUGGCCUUGGCUGGCAAGGGUGUCGGGCGGCCAGCGUGGCCUUGCACGCCGUCAGGCGAAGAAGCAACUGAGCGAAAAGUCGGCCGCCACUGCUUGA